UAGCGGCUUUACUUUCACGAGCACGCGUGACACCUCAUAGGCGUAGACGGAAAACCACGCCAAAGCACUUUGAUGGAGAUAGAGCCUGUAUUAUUCGAGCCUCGCCGAGCACUGCUGGACCCCGUGGUUGACGCUAGAAUGGAGAUCUCAAGGAGACGCAUGCUGAAGCACCUGGAGCCAGCCAGACCUCUGCGCCGCUGCAGCAUGGAGCCACAAUUCAAUCACCCUGCCUGUGCUUGGACAGUGAUGGAUGAAGAGACAAAUGUUGUAGAGAACUUCUACAAGACAGUCAACCUCCAUCCUGAGAAGAAAGCAAGACUAUCCUACACGAGGGACUUUUUAAUUGGUCUGGCCAGCUGCUCUGAGGCCAAGAAGAAGCCGGAGUACCUGCCAGAUCAUCCCAUUGUCCUAUCUGAGGCUAGAGACCCCUGGCACCUAGGUCUGGGAGACACGAGGGACAAUGGGGGAAAAGGAGACAUGGUGGCAGAAGGAUCUCACUCACCCUGAGAAAUUUCUACAGGUCUUUGUUUACUACAAGGAGUGUAUCAGAUUGUGUUGUUUGCUUUCUUUCUUUCUCUUUAUUUAAUUUACCUUUAUUACACUUUACUUUGAAUGUUUGCAUGACUUGAUUUAAUAUUUGCUUUUUGCCAGCAUUUUUUAAUGUUUUAAACAUAUUUUGUACAGUGUAGAAAAAAAAUGCUCUAAACAAGAAGUGCCAUAAUUGUAUUUAUUGUUGAUGGAAAUUGGAGUGAAUAUUAGAUUUGAAACAAGUCGAGCACAAAUAAUUGACAUUGUUGCUGUGUUUGUACUGAUAUACAAAUAUAAUAUAUUUGUAUACAUAUUGACAAUAAAAAGAUGAAAGUGC